UUGUGACAGUCGAACCUGCAGCACCGAUUUGUCAUCCGUAAGGCAUCCUUUCCGAAGGACGUGUAGAGUAAAGUUUAGGAAGAAAGAAAAGGUGAAACCGCUGAACAGAACGUUUAUGUCAAAAGUCAAAACACUUUCUUAUUCCUAGUCAAUCAAACAUUGGCAAGACCGAAAGGCUAUGUUGAAGCCGGCAGAUCGAAAUUUCCGGACUGCCUAAAGUUUACUAAGCGUGCGGUUGGAGGACUCAAUUUUUAUUUGGAGGUGGCCAAUAUAAAAACUCACCGCUCGAUCUGAACCACCUCUUCAGAAACUCUCAACUCGCCAUUUGCCACAACCCAUCACCUAACACCAUGUCCCACUCUCAGCAGAAUGAAUGGACUCCCAUUAUGGAGACUAAGGUGCCAAUUGGUGCUCCGCAAGAAGCCACCAACAGCAAGCUCUUUAGUCCACUUACAAUCAAAAAUACCACUUUCCACAACCGUAUCGUGGUAUCGCCCAUGUGCAUGUACUCAUCCAAGGAUGGUAUGUUUGACUCUCAGUUUCAUAUGGCUCACUAUGGAUCGUUCGCUAUUCGUGGCCCAGGUUUGAUGUUCAUUGAAGCAAGUGGUGUCUUGCCAGAAGGCAGAAUUUCACCAGAAGACAUGGGCAUCUGGUCUCCCGCCCACCGUGAUGCCUUCAUUCCUAUCAUUGAGCUUUGCCACAAGACUGGAGUAAAGAUCGGUAUCCAACUCGCCCACGCCGGUCGUAAGGCGUCAACGUAUUCCAUGUUUAGACAAGGCACUUCGGCUGCAAAGCAAGGUGUGGACGAUGAACACGGUGGCUGGACACCAAAUGGUCCCUCCAGCAUUCCUUGGAAUGAACACUUCCGUGUCCCUCAUGAAAUGAGUGAAGAGGAAAUUGCAAAGGCUGUGGCUGCUUUUGGCCAAUCUGCAAAGUGGGCUGAUGAAGUUGGCUUUGAUGUGAUUGAACUUCACGGCGCCCACGGUUACCUGAUCAACUCGUUCUUAUCUCCACUCAGCAAUCACCGUACCGACAAAUAUGGAGGCUCGUUUGAAAACCGCAUUCGCUUCUUGUUGGAAAUUUUGGAAUCCGUUCAACAGAAUUGGCCAAAGGACAAGCCCUUGUUUGUUCGUAUCUCUGCCUCUGAGUGGCACAACAAUCCCGACGAAGAGUCAUGGGACUUGGAUCAAAGCAUUAAAUUAGCAGCCAUUUUGAAGGACAAGGGGGUAGAUUUGAUUGACUGCUCUUCUGGAGGUAACACUCCUACCCAAACAUUCAAACCUGCGAACCCCGAAGAUAUCAAGCUUGUUGAUGCUCCUGCUCCAGAAGGUUCGGAAGGCACCACCAUCAACCAUCAUACCUUUGGUAGUCUUCAAGCAGCCAAGCAAGAUGCAGAGAAGAUAAAGAACCCCAUGGUAAUGUUUCAACUACCUUUUGCUGCAGCCGUCAAGGAGAAGGUAGGAAUUUUGACGGGCGCAGUAGGCUUCAUCACUCAUCCCUAUCAAAUGGAGAGUAUCAUCCGAUCUAACAAAGCUGAUUUGGUGUUCAUGGCUCGCGAGUUUCUGCGUGACCCGAACCUUGUCUACAAUGCCGCCGAUCAGCUUGGUGUCAAGGUGCAGUGGCUGAGACAGCAUGAGCGUGGUCAAUACAUGUAGAAUAUUUUUUUCUAGAACACGCCUUGUAAAUAAGCGUGCAAAUUAGUCCUAUGGAUUUGUUGAAGAUGUACACCCGCGUCGUUAAUAAACAUACACCGGAAAGGCAUAUCAUUUUGUGCUCAAGCAAUCGAGAGGGAGAACUUG